AUGGGUGGCACCAACAUGGGCGGGGAUUCGGAUGGCUCCAACACGGAUGAGGAUUCGGUUGGCACCAACACGGAAGGGGAAACGGGUGGCACCAACACGGGCGGGGAUUCAGGGGGCACCAACACGGACUGGGAUUCAGGUGGCACCAACACGGGCGGGGAUUCGGGUGGUACCAACACAGGAAGGGAUACGGGUGGCACCAACACGGGCGGGGAUUCGGGUGGCACCAACACGGGCGGGGAUUCGGGUGGCACCAACACGGGUGGGGAUUCGGGUGACACCAACACGGGAGGGGAUUCAGAUGGCACCAACACGGGAGGAGAUUUGGGUGGCACCAACACGGGUGGGGAUUCGGAUGGCACCGACACGGGUGGGGAUUCGGGUGGCACCAACACGGAUGGGGAUUCGGGUGACACCAACACGGGUGGGGAUUCUCAGGUGGCACCAACACGGGCGGGGAUUCGGGUGGCACCAACACGGGAGGGGAUACGGGUGGCACCAACACGGGCGGGGACUCGGGUGGCACAAACACGGGAGGGGAUACGGGUGGCACCAACACGGGUACGUACCCUCAGGGUUGAUGCCAAAUCUAGAGUAUUAGACUCUCCAAUAGUGUUGAAACCCGCGACACAAGCAGAUGAAACAGACGUUAUAUGGCCAAGUUUGGAUCAUUACGAGGACGAUAGGAUAGUGAAACAGAUGAAAUUUAAAUCUAAGUCCGUCUUAAAACUAGAAAAACUCGGCAAAAAGAUACCGGUGAAAAAUAUUUUGCUGUACAAUGGCUAUAAUGACUGGGGAGUCAAACCUGGACGAACAUCAUUCGUGGAACAAAAGUGCCCCGUUAGCGCGUGCGCGCUGACGGACCGCCGAGUGCACGGACGGAAUGCAGACGCUGUUCUGUUCCGCCAGGAGCCGCGUGUUCCGUGGACGAGGCGGCCGCCUAAUCAGCGGUGGAUCCUUUUCUUGUUGGAGGCGCCAUACUUCACUCCAAACUUGGACCGCUUCCGGGGACUCUUUAACUGGGUCUCCUCCUACCGACGGGAUUCCGACAUCGCCGCGCCGUAUGAAAAGUUUGUUAAAUACAACCCACCGCGACACACGCUUAACUCCACAAGAAACUACGCGGCCGGAAAGACCAAAAAGGUCGCUUGGUUUGUUUCUAACUGCGAGGCCGCCAACAGCCGCCUGGAAUACGCCAAGGAGCUGAGCCGCCAUAUACAGGUGGAUAUAUACGGAAAGUGUGGCACCCACAAAUGCCCCAGAGGCAAAGACGCAUGUCUGCAGAUGUUAAAGAAAGACUACAAGUUUUACCUGUCCUUUGAGAACUCAAACUGCCGGGAUUAUAUAACUGAGAAAUUCUUCUUUACGGGCCUUCAGCAUGACGUCAUCCCUAUCGUGAUGGGCGCGGCUCCUGAGGACUACCGGCGCGCCGCCCCACAUUACUCGUUUAUCCACGUGGAUGAGUACCCGAACCCGCGAGCACUCGCAGACUACCUUCACCAACUGGAUGCAAACGACAAUGCUUAUAAUGAGUACUUCCGGUGGAAGGGAACCGGGGAAUUUGUCAACACAUAUUUUUGGUGCCGCUUGUGCGCCAUGCUCCAUGACGACACGAGACAAAUGACGACAUACGAUGACGUCAACAAGUGGUGGCGCGGGAAGGAUGUGUGUAUUGGAAAGGACAGAUGGGGCGAACACGCGGACAGAGGGCGCUACAUCUCAGACUUUUAUUCUUAGCAUUUUUUGUUCUUUAGGCCAGAGUUUUUUUAUCUUUAGAUUUACGGGAGAUUUUUCAAAAAGUUGGGUAAGGAGGAGGAAAUAAAAAUAAAAAUAAAAUGCAUAAAAUGUCCCAAAGGAGAAAUAAAUAAAAAUAAAACGGAUUUUUCUCCGAUUUUUUUUAUUUUUUAAAUCUUCUUAUAUCAUGAAGAUAAAACACACCUUGCUUGUGUCAGCUAUUUCAUAGGCUGAAAAAAGGGUGAUAGAUCACCAUAAAGUUUCAAAAGCAUAAUAAAAAGAUCCUUUUAAUGACUGAAAAUAUUGACCUCAACACUGUGAGUUCAAGUGCUCAUUGAAAUUAAUUGUAUAUAUUUGUUCGAAUGCAUCUAUGCAUAUGAGGUGCAUAUAUUAUCAACCCAUGGAUUUUAUGAAAUAUGUCAGUGUAAUAAAGAAGUUUAAAUGGCCAAUUCUAACCUUUUGCCCACAAUAUAAGCAUAUCCUUUCCAUUGUGAAGUAAUCAAACAUUGAACACAG